AUGACGGGCCGUGGCGUUCGAUGGAGUAACCCUGGUCGAUAUAGCUUUCAUCAGAGCCUCUAUUUCUAUAGCUCUCCCUCGCUUGGCCCAUCUCCCGCAUUUGGCGCUUUGACAAUGAUAGAUAGUCCCGGAAAGGAAUAUCCACAUUUUAAAGCUGUCAUAUAUACCGAUAUGGAGGCAGAUAACGAAACUUAUUUCCGUUCAGAGGUCUUAAUCAGCCUUCGCCUAAUGUUAGCCCAAUUGAGAAAGGCACGCCUGCUGCACCAUAGGAUAGCACCGGUUUUACUUAUCUCGUUGACAGGGAAGUAUGUACGGGUAUUGGAGUCCUAUUUUGAUGGCAAAUUGCUUCAAAUGCGCUCUACUUGUCUUUACAAAUUCUCCGACCGGGACUCGAUAUCGACAUUAUACAUGAUCCUCGCCGGGUAUAUGCUCGGCCCUCCAAUCGGAGAUACCCUCUAG